GCUGUUGCAUAUGAAAUUUUUAUAAUUGUAUAUUCUCUGUACAUGUCAGCCUUAUGCUUUGUUGUCAGGCAUUAUGAACUUGACUGAGGAGAAACAAAGUCUGCAUAGAGAUUUCAAGUUUAUUAUUUUGUAGCUGUUCUUCAUACAGCACCACCAUGUGAACUGCACCAUUCCACCACAGCUUUCCUUGAUACUGCGGCAUUUUCAAGUGCUCUUCUGUUGCAGUAUGGAAACAUUUCAUCAGGUCCUUUCCCUUGUGCUGCAAGGCUGGUAUUCUGGUGGCUAGGAAUUUGUAUGUUCCUAUUCUUAGGUGUGCCUAUCCACCCCCUGCCUCCAGCUGCAUCAAAUGAAAGCCCAGCACACAUAAACAGAAUAAAAGUACAGAACAGCCUGUUGGCACUAUCUGUGGCCAGGCUUAGGGGAUGAUGGCAAUGUAUUCCUCCUGCACUCUAACACAUGAUGAAAAGGGAUGGAGCAAAGGAACUAAGAACCCGCCUACCUUGCAUUUCUAUUUCCACAGUGAUAAGAGACCAUGCUGUCUUUUCUGUGGUACCUCAUUUAAGGGGAUCUUGAGGGUAUGUAAUAUAUACACGUUCUGUCUUCAAUAUAUGUGAUAUAUUAUCAAGGUCAUUUUGAGACUUAACAUGUUCUUGUAUUUCAGAUGAGUUUUAACAUCAUAUACUGAAAUUGUACAUUAUGCUAAUACACCUAAAUAUUUGUAAAAUGUUGAAAAUAAGGUUUGAGAAUUUGUCUAGAUAAUUAGCCCAUGCUGAAUCCAGUUUUCUCCUUGGUGUGGCCUGCUUCUGUAUUUCCACCUUCCUAUGACUUGAAUUCCUUCAAGAGGGAAGUUUCAAGACACUUAUUCAUCAAUUUUUGACUACUGCUUUGACCCUUUUAUGGGACUGGCAUUUCAGUGGGCAUUUUUUUUUUUAUUGGAUUUUUGUUGCCCUUGGCCAGUGUCCUUCCUACAUAAAAUAAAACCUACAUAAAAAAAAAAAUCUGCAGCAUGGGAGACUGCCUGAGAGCCAUAGACAAAUCAGAAACAGGGUUACAAGAGCCUUGUAAAUGAGUUUAAUCAAUGAGAAGGUAACAAAAAGCAUUAUGUUACACUUGUUGGUCUAGGAAUGAAAUGUAGAAUUGUGUAGUUCAGCAGAUACCAUACUCAGUUACUUCCAUUAUAUUCCAACGGGUUUAUUUUGCUGAUGCUUCUCUCUGUACAUCCUCCUUGAAGUAUGGCUUAGGUACGCUGUUUGCAUACAUUCACAAGGUGGACAAUACAAAAUUAAUCUUGCUGAAUCUUAUGAAAAGUUUAUCACACACACAAAUGCUGAUACAAGAUGGAAUAUCAAAUUUGAAGAGACUAUAUACAAUAAAAUUGGGUAUGUAGGCAGAAAUGUGGAAGACAGUAUAAAUGCUAAGAGGGAGGGACUGGCAGGUGACUGGUUUGCAAGUAAAACUGGGUCUGUGGGCUGGUGUGUAAGACUAUAAAAUUAAGAGUGACAGCCUGUAGUAAGUGACUGGUAGGUUAACAAAUAGUGAGUUGAAUGACUUAAAGACCUCCUCACCAUUUCAUAUGACAAUUUGUUCUUGUUCCAUUUCUCAGUUAGCAAGGCAAGCCAUGACAGCUCACAUUUAAUCAUUAGUAAACAAAAUCUUGGGGUAUGGCAUUUCUGAUCCUGUAAUCUCUUAGGCAUCAAUGUCACUAAAAGGGGAGUCCAGCUGAUUCAAAAUGUGAGGACUGUCACUAAGGAUAGAGCACAACAUCAGGAUUUCCUGUAAGAGGUUGUAAAGAAUUUGAGAUGUAGCACACAUUAUCUAAUUUUCUUGUGAAAACAGAUGAUUAUGGCUUUUAUUAUUAUUUGGACCACACAAUGAUGUAGCUAUAACUUGUAUAUAAACAUAAUUUCCAGAAUUAGUCAUGACAUGAACAAGCAUUCCAAACAACUGGUAUAACUUAACAUUAGCAAGCACCGUAAACUACCACCAUAACUUAGCAAGGAUUCUUACAUUAUAGUGGUUAUCUUAAGUACAAUACUUGAUAAAAUUUUGUCAGAGAUUCAUAGGUAACCCUAAGAAAAAUCUGAAAAGAGGAUCAUCCUAGUGUAUAGUCAUCCAAAAAAAGUUGGUGAUUGCUUGCCUCUUGGCAGCCAAAUGUCCUUGAAGCACUCACUUGUUCUUCACACAGGACUUAAUUAUCUGCAGGAUGAAAGCUUACUACAGGGAGGAAGGGCAGUGAAAGGAUGGAUUAAAGAGGAGAGAGUUUGGGGUACUAGGGGAGGCUGAAGGUGUGUGUGCACUUGAUGAACUGUAGGUAUGCAAGGGAAUAAUGCAUAUUAUAAUAUCUAAUAUUUGUUAAUUCAAUAAUUAUGAUACUGAUAAGAGUAAUAAUAACACCUAAAAUGCAUGGAAGCUGAACACUCAUGCUGAUGCCCCUCUCUCUCAUAUAUAUUCAUCUAUGUGAUUUACUUUAUAUAUAUAUAUAAUGUAUUUGUGAGUGAAUGGGUUGAUAUAGAUUGAUACGUAAAACUGCAUAGUUACAAAAAUAACUGGUCCCAUCUGUGGUCAUGCAAUAUAGAGAAAGUGAAAGAGCAUUAGCAUGGAUUAGUGCAACAUAUUGGUCAGUAACUACACUUUACAUAAUUUCUCUUGUGUGUGUUGGUAUGUGAGUAUGUAUAUGCAUAUAUAGGAUGUCCUGGGAGGAAAGUCACUUUCUCAGAUAUGAAAGAGGGAGGAAAGUCGCAUAUUCUCUGGUCAAAUGCUUUUAACACCAUGGUUUAGAAGUUACAGGAUAUUUUAGUAUGAAUGGUGAGGGGGAGGGGGUAGAAGAGGACAGCAAUAGUGAGCAUUGGCAUCAUAAGGAUGUUACUUGAUUACACAUCGAUUCUCAUAAAUAAAGAUUAAACCAGUGAAACGCUUAGAAGGCAAUUGAUGAGUGAAGCUGUCAGUAAUGCAACAGUUGAAACACCCCGAACAUUGUGCACUUGCCUAAUAUUCAAAUCACUCUAGCUCAAAACUUUGCGAUUCUGUUUUCAGUGGUAUGUGUUUGCUCUUGUAUAAAAAAAAAAAAAAUAAAAAAUCAGUCCUAAAUGCUAUUGUGGGCUGAUGCAGAUCAGCCACAGAGGACCUAAGUAAUUAGCUGCAUAGUGAACUUUACUCCAUCUUCAGGUCCUGACAAGGCCUGCUGUCCAGGAGGCAGUAAACAACAUUACUCGGCUUGAGGCUAUAACACUCUUUGGGCAGUGGGAGGGCUGUCAUGGUGGGCAGAAGCCCAAUGGGGUAUUAUACUUCGACCAUAUACAUGUUAUUGUAUGUUAACUGUUUUUUCUAGAUGUGGUUGUUGAUUCUUCUGCAGCUGUGUGAGUGUUGAGUGUUGUUUGAAGUAUUUCCCUUGUCUGUGGGUCGGUAAAACAGUCUGGUGACCUCAACUUAGUGUGACCGUUGUGAAUAGGUUGCAGGAGUCACAAGAGACCCUGUAUACCUGUCUGUGAGCCCUGUAUUGAAUCCACGUAAGAGGUGGCUCAGUGAAUCUAGUCCAGGUGCAGCAGCUUGGUGAAGGGGCUGGGAAUUGUGGCUGUAACAGAAAUUGAUGACCUUGCCAGGAUUGCUGGGAGCUUUGUUGAUGUGUGGGGAAAACAGUUUGUUGUUUUUGUUGUCCUGUGUGUGCCCACAUUCAAUGUAAGCCAUGGAGGGCAAGACUGGUAGCAAGGAAGACUCAACCUGAGUCCCCUGCCUCUGCUGGAAGCAGCACUUUACAUUUCGGUGUGAGGAUACCUAGUCCCACACACAAGUGUCCACAGACAGCCCUGCCCACAAUGUUGGUGGCUUCUCCCAGACCAAAGGCAUGUCUGAGGAGAUGAGAUUAAAGUUGGAAAUGAGGAGAAUGAAAUUGGAGGCUGAGAGGGAGAGUUAGGAAGGCUUAAAUUGGAAGCUGAGGAAAGGAGAUUGUGAAGACUGAAAAGACUAGAGAAGCCAGGAGGCUUGAAGCUGAGAGGGAAGCUAAGAGGCUUGAGGCUGAGGAGAAGGAAAUGAGAUUACUUGAGGCAGGGGAGGAGGAGAUGUAUGAGGAGGAGGAGGCUGAGAAGAAUAGGAUAUUUGAGUUGGAGAAGACUUGGAUUGAAGUCAAUUUAUCUCAUGGCUUGAGGAGAGAAAGAGUUAAGGAGGAUACAGUAGAAAGCCACAUGGUGAGGAGUUUGAACCUGAUCUCUGAGUUUGAUGAAGAGAAGGUGACGGAGUGGUUUAGGAGAUUUGAGAAGAAAGCCUCAGAAUUUGACUGGCCUCAGGAGAGAUGGAAUGGCCUUGUUGUCAAUAUGUUGAAGGGUAAGGCCUUGGAGGUGUAUGAUAGGAUGUCAGUUAAGGAUUUGGAGGAUUAUGAAGAGUUUAAGGCUGACAUCCUGAGAGUGUAUGAGCUGCAGCCAGAGGCAUAUAGGCUGCAGUUCUGCGGAGGGAAGAAAAGACCCAGUGACUCCUAUUUAGAGUGUGCAUGCUAUCAGGAGGAGAUGUUCGAGAAAUGGAUUGCUCAUUAUCAUGAGUUAAAGGAACUCAUGGUACUGGAACAGUUUACUAAUGUGGCCAAGGAGGAGUUAGUACUGCUGCCCCACAAGAAAAGGUUUAAAACCUUGAAGGAGACAGCAACGUGAGCAGAUGACCACAUGUUGGCGCACCAGCCUGUGCCACAGUGGAUUGGUGGUAUAUCUGGUGGGGCUGGUGAUGUGUCUGCUGGUGCGGCUGGUGCCAGUUUGUCUGGGAGUCCAUGCUAUAGUAGUGGCUCCAGUAACAGGUCUGAGCAAGUAAGCCCUGUGGGUAGUAAGUCUCCACCCAACCCACGACAGAGACAGUCUGGGAGCAUGCAACACAGCACUCCCAUGUAUAACGUGCAGCCGAUGUGUUAUUAUUGUAGAAGUACAGGACACUUUAAAUUUAAUUUUCCCAAAUUAAUAACCACCACAGCUUCCAAGAUGCCCCAGGAGCCGGUAGCCUUGAUUGUGUCCCAGGGUUGGGACCAGGAGGAUGACAAGAUUUGGGCAGUGUUUAGUCAGGAGGGUGGAAAGGCCAGUGUGGCCGUCCCCUCAUCUCUUGUUACCUCACUGUCCCCUGUGAGGUCUGAGUUGGACUGGUGCUGUCCAUUUUUGUGUCAGAGCACCGUUGAGAUUGAUGGGGUUAAGUACCCUGUUACAGUUUUGAGGGACACAUUGGCACAGCAGUCACUGUGCAGGUAUGUGACUGGGAGGUGAGUUGCCUCUGGUUGGCCUGUGUGGUGCUGGGGAAUUGGCACCACAGAGAGUUUUGCCACAGCGGUGAUUAGCCUGACAUGCCUGCUAGUCACCACAAAGGUAUAGGUGGCACUAGUUGAGGACCUGCCAGUAUCGGAAGUCAAUUUCCUUCUUGGGAAUGACCUGGCAGGUGGAAGAGUCUGGGUGCAGCUCCUGUCCAUGGAUACCGACCCAGAUGUGGAGGCUGCUGAGGGUAAUGACUCAGUUGUUACUUGCCCUAAGGCGAGGCGAGCACCCUGGCGCUGGGUGCCCGUGGGAUCUGUCACUCCAGGGGUUGACUGCAAUAAGGAAGGACCACCACAAAAGGAGCGCAGUGUCUUGAUGCUGCAGUGGGGGCACAGUGCCCAGAGGUCUGCAACAGCUGUCAUUGUAGUUAAGGAGGGUUCUGUCUCUCAUGUGUGUGUUGUCCCACUACUUGCCAAGGCAGGAGUGGAUGGCAAGGAAGGAGGAGGGUCAGGCAGCAUCUGUUGAGAGCAACACUAUUGUGAAUAGCUGGCAUAGAAAGGAAGACAGAGGUUUGGAGCUCCAUUCUGAUUGCCAUCCGCAAUUAAGGAGAGACAGGUGCUAAAAGCACAUAGUGGCCUGGUGCUUGGUCGUUUUGGAGUCAGGUUGACUUGGGAGCAUUUAGCAUGGGUUUGGUGGUAGGGUAUGGCCAUGUUUGUUGGGCAUAACCUCAUGGGUCAGGCUGGCAAGCCUGAUGACCUCUCAUCUUGGGCCUCUCUCAAUUGUGUUAGGGUUGGCGUUGUUUCCUCCGGUAUGGGGAUUGUUUGUAAUGUUGCUCGCCUGAUUCCUCCUUCCGGGACAAGUUAUGAUGUAUUUGAUGCAAGCAUUAUGGCUCCGCAUCGAGAGGCAGCAGUGUGUAAGGCUGCUGGUCAUAGCAUGUUGCUUGCUGCUUGGGAAGCACCCUCAGUGUUGCUUGGGGCUUUGUUUGGCCAAGGUGUUAGUACUUGUCAGGUGCUGGGCCCAAAAAGUGUAGUAUGUGUUGAUGGAUGUCAGCUUCCUCAAAGUGACAAGGUAUCAGGUCUGAGGAGAAGUGUUUGCACCUGGGAGCAGUUGCUGGGACCAGUAGGGCUGUCCAAGUGGCACGUUGGUCAGGCUAAUUUUUGGAGCUGGGGUUUGUUUUAUAACGGCCACGUGUGUUUGUUUGGCUCUGUGUGCUAGGAUGUGUGUGCUGUGUCCUGGAAAGGAGUAGCCAUUAGCUCGCUGUGGUGAUAUCUGUGUCAUUGAGGGGUUGGCGGGAGGAAUGAGGUGUAAUAGCAUCACUGUGCCUGACAGUCGGAAGCAGAUUUGGUUGUGUCACACCCGGAGGAAUUUUGUUUUGUUAACGGCAGCAAGAUAGCCCCUCUUAGUUUCAUCAAGGAAGUGGCAUUUUUGUUUUAUCAAUUUUAUGGGUGUGGCAUGGAGGCUCCAUGGAGCCAGAAGUGGGCAAGCUGGGGUGAUGUGGGCAGUGCAGGCCCGAUUGAGAGUCACAUUUGGCCAGGAACCAUUUUGUCUGGCCCUGCAGUGAUGAUGCACCAGGGGACUAUGGUCCCUGGUGGGUGCAUUGUGUGGUGCAAGGAUGCAGGGAUGUCUUUGUAUGGUGACUCUGAAGUUUGUACGGUAUGAAAGAGAAGAUACAGAAAGAGAGGAAGAGAGGUGAGAGUUGGUGGAGAAGUAGAGAAGGAAGAGGGCCAAGGAGAUGAUGAAGAUGAAGGGAGAGUGGUCAGAGUCACAGAUGUUGGAGAUGAUGUUGCUGCUGGAGGAAAGAGAUGACUAAAAUGCUCUGCAGGAGAAAGCUUGCCCACCAGUGAAGACAUAAGUCCUGGGGUAGUACCAGAGACGGGUCUGGGAGGAGGAGAAAGAAGAAACGGCAGUUCGAGUUGAAGAGCCUAGUGUGAGUCCUAUUAUUUCUAGUUAGUGUAAUAAUUAUUUAUGUCAGUGCUAUAGUAACCUUUGAUGUUUUGUGAUAAGUAUGCACCCCUUUGAGUCUGAUGAUUUGCCAAACUACUUGUGUGUUCCUAAAAUUUGGUAAGUUUUUUGUAUAUCUUCCGAAAAUUUUUGUUGAUGAGGGGGCAUGUAAUGCACAGCGAGAUAAAGUAACAUAAAAUGAAGGAAGUAUGCAUGCAUGAGAAAAGAAUAAUGAGAGAGAGAGAGAGAGAGAGAGAGAGAGAGAGAGAGAGAGAGAGAGAGAGAGAGAGAGAGAGAGAGAGAGAGAGAGAGAGA